AUGAUGACCAAGCAGCCCCAGACCUGGAGGCAGAGAGCAUCAGGAGCUACGGAAAGACUGGAAGCUCCUAUUCGAAACUUGCUAGCCCAGCCUAGCCUCAUUGAGAGUGCAAGAAUAAACAAACGCACAGCAAAAGCCGAUACAGCAGCAGGAACCACUACAUCCAUGAGAUCGGCCAGGAGCAUGACUGCCUUUCCACGUUACACCACUCCUCGGAGCCCCAAACCAGACCAGCCGGACCCUGAGGAGCUCGGCUCCGCUGCCCCUUCCUUUCCAGCAGAGCUGCUCUCCGAGUUCGCCAACUACUUCCACUACGGCUACCACGAGUGCAUGAAGAACCUGGUCCACUACCUGACGACGGUGGAGAGGAUGGAGACCAAAGACACCAAAUACGCCCGCAUCCUGGCCUUCCUCCAGUCCAAAGCGCGCUUCGUCACCGAGCCCCUCUUCACCUCCCUGGGCUCCCUCCCGGAGCCGGACUUUUCCUACCAGCUGCACCCCGGGCCCGAGUGCCCCGGGCACGGCCACAGCCCCGGCGAGGCCGCGCUGCCGCCGCCCUCGGGAGGGCCCUUCCCCUGGCACGGCGCCGGCCGCAGCCCCCCCCUGCCCUACCACCUCCCCAACGCCGCCGUGCCCCUCGCCAGCCCCGGCCAGCAGCGCAGCACCUUCCUCUCCUCCGUGCAGGGGCUGAUCCGCCACUACCUCAACCUCCUCGGCCAUUCCCACCCCAACGCCUUCGGGCUGCCCCCGGGCCAGCACCCCUCCAUGCUAUAG